AUGCCCGAGAAGCCGCUGACAGUAGCGACAUACGCCGCCGGAGCCUCUCUUGCCGCCAUCACACUUGUCUACGUUUUCGGGCCAACCUUUUUCCUCGACGACGAAGCAUCGAGCACACGCAAAAAGGGAGUCGUGGGCCUGAGCAACACCGCAAACGACUGCUUUAUCAAUUCGAUCCUCCAAGCCCUCGCCGGGCUGCCCGACCUGCGCAUAUACCUCAUUCGCGAAACACACCGGCGGAAGCUCGACGGCCCAGAACUCUACGAUGUCGACCCGGAGAAAUUAACUCUCGAAAGGAGAGCUACAAAGCCAUGGAAGUUGGAAGGACUGCAAAAGGGCUUGGUCACACAUGCUUUGAAGGAGGUCCUCGACAAACUCAACGAGCGACCUAUAUAUAAGAAGACGAUUUCUCCACAACCCUUCAUCCGAGCGCUGGAACAUGCUUUUGGCACGCGCAUUAGCAGACAACAACAGGACGCCCAGGAAUUCCUUCAGAUCGUGACGGAGCGCCUAUGUGACGAGUACCAUGCCGGGACAAAGGCAAGACGACAGGCGCAGACAGCCAUCAACGGUGACACCGCGUCAGAGACACAGGAGAUUGCCGAACAAUUUGGAAUUGCCCCGCCCAAAGCCGCGAAUCUUCCAACAGAUAGUGAGGCUGCAGAGCCGGGUACGGACAAUGACGAAUCAUCAGCCAGCGAAGAUGGUUUUCCUUUUGAAGGUAGGAUCGAAUCACAGAUCGAAUGUCUGACCUGUGGUUUCAAGCCUAAGGCAUCAUCGUCCGCUUUCGUCACCUUAACACUAAGUGUACCCCAGACAUCGACGACAUCUUUAAACAAAUGUCUCGACGGCGUCUUCAAGGUGGAACACAUUGACGAUUUCAAGUGCGAGUAUUGCCGCUUGGAUCACGCAAUCGAAAGUAAAACCAAAGAGCUCGCGCGGGCGUUGGCUCCCGAAGUCCAGCGCGCAUUACAAUUAGAUAUUGACAAACUCCAACGAGCGCGGGAAAGCGACCCCGAGAAGCCUCCAGAGGGCGUGGAGCUGCCUGAUCCUAAUCUGGCUCCUAAACGUCGAAUCGCUCGCCACAUGUACAUCUCUUCAUUCCCUAAAGUCCUUGCGCUGCAUCUAUCACGUUCUGUAUUUGCAGUCGGCACCGUAUCUACCAAAAAUCUUGCCAAAGUAAAUUUCCCCGAAUCUCUGCCUCUAGGAGGUAUACUUAAUCGCAAGAACUAUCGCCUGUUAGGAAUGGUCAGCCACAAAGGCACACACAACAGCGGUCAUUAUGAGUCUUUCCGCCGCCAGGUCCAACCCAUACCAUACUCUACUCCGCACUCCUUUGGUACCGAAGGAGUGUACAGCAUGCAAGGAACCCCCAUUCCAUCGGCAGUACAGAGUCCACGAAUGUCGAGCGUCAACCUUCCCAAUGGUAAUGGCCGUGGAUCACCACUGCCUGCAACUCCGUCACUAGAUUCCCCAUCCACGAGAUCGCUUUCGUCACAAUCGCGCUCCUCAAACUUUUCACCCAGAAUAGCGCCUACUUCGGCGCCUCGUGAAGACUCCACCCAAGAGGCAUCUUCGUCUCCCACAUCUGCAUCAAUUUCGCGACCAAAAAGCUUGAGAUCAAUCAAAGGUUCGCUGAAGGAAAAAGCAUCCGAUGCAAACCCACUCAAAAAGAGGUCGAAACGAGCCAACAACCGUUGGUGGCGGAUCAGCGAUGACAAGGUGAAGGAGAGCAAGACGAGCGAUGUCUUGGGCAUGCAAAAGGAGGUCUAUUUGCUUUUCUACGAGCUUGAUAGAAGGAGUGAAGACUAA